UUUCAGACGCGCUGCAUCAUUCCAUCUUGCAUUGCCAUGGCGGCUGCAGGGCCAAUGCCGCCGUCGCUCGGUCCAGAGCAGGCGGCGUUAGAUCAAGACAGCAACGUCUCGAGUCCCCUGAGUGACGUGGAUGACGGGGACGAGGAUGACUCCUCACUCGAGGCCAUGCACAUCGAUUCCAGCCGCCACAGAGAAGAAGACGGCCAAGCGUCUGAUUCUGACAGCAACCUCUCCGAAGCGAACGAUACCGAGGCGGAAACUGAACGCCUGUACGAUACCCCUCAAUCCGACCGACACCGGGACGUGAUCGCCAGGCAAUACAGUGAUACCCAAAUAUUUCAGAGCACUCCAAGCAAGCUCCAGAAGACGUUUUCUGUCGUCGAUGGUGCAGGAGACGGAGACGAUGAUUUGUCUGACCGCGACGUCUCGAUGACACCGAGUCGUCGUGGCGAGACAGCAUCACCCACUAAACCUGGCAAGUUCGUCGAAAGCACGCCUGAGCGAGACAGCCAGGACUCUUCGGAGAGCAAGAAGCGGAAACGGUCGCUCGGCGCCGAACAAUCCGAUUCCGACCAACCCCUCAGAAAGCGUACCAGCUCAAUGGCUGCCUCCGACCGACUCAAACACAUGGCCUCUCGCGAGGACGGGGAGGAAGACGACGAGCUAUCAACACACCCCAGUGGUAACAUUACUGGCGCGGAGUCUGGGAUCGAAGACACACACGAGCCUCCGCCCAUAGGGAAGCCCAAGACGGUACGCCAGACUGCCAGUCCAAGCAAAAGGUCCACCGCUACAAAAAAGGCCACGCGAAAUGGCAGCAAGCGUAGGGCCGGCGAUUCUGCAGACGAUGGACAUCAGGAGACCGACACUCACGAAGAAGGGACCGCCGCCGACGACGAAGCAGAUCAGCACGCCGAGGAUGGGGCCGAAGCCGAAGCAGAAGAGGAGGCAGAGGCUGCGGCAAGAGAUGCCGAAGAACGUAAGAGAGUUGAAAGGAAACAGGCUGCAUUGGAAGAGUGGAACGAGCUCGAGGCGAAAUUCGGCCUCUUCCGUGAACGUCUCUACAAGGAUCGCUUAGAACAUCUCGAGAUGGAGGAACAGUCCCUCCGGGCCGAGCCACCGACACACUCAGAGUAUCUUCUCAUGAAACAAUGCCUAGACGAACGUCUCGAAGCGAGACUCCGACAAAUCAAUAAAGAGCACGAACUGGUUAUAGCGGCGCUGGAACGAGUGGCGGUCGCGCGCAAGGGGCAGAUCUGGGGCCAGUUCUACCAAGGCGUAAGGGAGAAGAGGGGGCAAUGCCUUGAAUCACUCAACCGAGAGUGGUUCGCGACGCAGAACGCACGACGAAGCGCACAUAGCGUGCCGGAAUAUGGCAUCCACUUCCCUGGCGACCCUGCCCAGCGCACGAGGAACGCGGUGGCAUACAAUACGGAGGUUUCGUACCUCUCAGGGCUCGCGAAACACGAGGGCUUCCCUGCGGUGCCCGCCAUACUUGGGGCGAGCAGUGCGGAGAUGGAGGAAGACUUUGAAGCCAUGAGGGUAGGUCGCAGGGUUACGGGUUGCGGGUUGCGGGUUGCGGGGGGCGUCCAGUCAUAAGUGCUAAUGUGCCCUGCUAGCGAUUCUCGCGUCCCCCGCAACAGGCGUCGGCGCAGCCAUUGGAAGAGUACCCGGCCAUGUCGCUCGGCGGCAACCUCGGUCCAGCAGGCGAACAGUUCA